AUGCCAGCUGCAUCCACGCCCGCCCGGAAGCGAGCCAAGCUCGCUGACGCAUCACUUCCUGCUGAAGCAGAAGCCUCGGGCUCCGAAAGCCCCGCGCCUCGCAGCCGGCGAAGGGCGGCAGCACAGGCGCUCGCAGGCAUCCAUGCUGCAUCCACUGCGCCGAAUCAAGACGAUGCAACCGACGAAAGCGCAUCGCCCCGACCUGCGACGCCCGUUAAGACGCCGAGCAGUGCAAGACGGAAGGGCAAAGCGAAAGCGAAAGCAGACGACGACUACGACGACGAUGCUUCGCCUCGAGUUGCGACGCCUGCCAAGACGCCGCGCAAGGGCAAAGGGAAAGCGGCAGAAGACGACUAUGACGACUAUGACGACUCUGCCGACGAUGCGGCCGAGGCGGGCGGCAAAGACCCGGACCUGGAGAUCUACAGCCAGCACGGCGCGCUGAGCACAUUGCUGCGGGCGCAGCUCAAGACGAACCGCGCGCGCUCGCUGCGUCCGCUCUGGAUGCAAGGUGUGUACCAGCCGUCGUUUCUCGGUGUACCUCCUUCGGACCUCUCGUCGUCCGUGCACGACAACGACGGCGAUGCACAGCCAGAAGAAGUGCGCAGCCGCGAGGAUGCGUUGCCGUGGCCUCGCGACGGGCUGGUCAGGACCGCGCUCGACCCGCUCGCGUACCCGGUGAUCAAGAAGAGCCUCAUGAGCUUCUGGACGAGCCAGCCAGGCUGGGUGCCGCGCGAAGGCAUCUAUGACUGGGGCUGGUACCCGGGCAAGGCGGUCGGAUAUGCGCAGAGCCAGGAGAGGGCCGAGUGGGCCGCACGCGCGCGCGAGCAGCUCCGACGCGGUGCUGGCACUACGAAUGAGGUGAAGCUGGGCGAACGCGCAGGCUGGCCAUUCGUUCAGCCGUGGCUGGAUGUGCAGCGAGAGGUGCUGUCCGACGAGGCGGCGGCGCGGUUUGUUCGCGAUACGCACACGCCGCAGCGCGCACCACUGCACCACCCUACGACGGUCAUGAAGCUCACGGUGCCCGAGCUGAGCAUGCGCACGCGCCUCAAGCAGCCGCCCAAGGUCAAAACCGAAGCUCCGGAUGAUGACGACGACGACGUCGAAGAAGGAUCCGCGCUCGAUGCGAACCAGCAGCCGGUCGACGUGGCCGACGCGAAGUUCAGCGGGAUCGCCAAUCUGGGCUUCAAAGAGGCGGGGCCGGUGUGCGGCGAGGUGCUCGAGGUGUGCAUGGGUGCAUCGGGGCGCGAGACACCCGUGCGCAUCGCGCGCGGUACUGCACACAGGCUCGAUGCGCUCGGCGUGGUGCCUGACGAGGGACACGUCCUCAACGCAGGUGGACACGUGUAUGCGCUCGCGUGGGCGCCUGUUCCCAUCCACCUCAAUUACGGACGCGAGUUCCUGGUGGUCUCCGCCUCGCCUGGUGCACCGCUCACGUACAUCGGCGACAAGCAGCCCGCAUGCGCAGCGAGUCUGCAGCUCUGGAGUGUGUCGCCCGACACCGAACACUCCAAGGGCACAGCCCGGCUCGAGAUGGUCAUUUGCCAUGAGGCCGGGGCAGCCUUUAAGCUCGCCUGGUGUCCGGUGGGGCACGACCACGCGAACGGCGCGCACGAGGGUAGGAGGCUGGGGCUGUUGGCGGGCUGUUUUGCCGACGGGAGCGUGUCGGUGUUCAGUGUGCCGCAUCCGGACAGCUUGCAGAGCGGGGCGGGGCCGGUGCAUGUGCGUGUGGAGCCGGUGGUGCGUCUGGAGCACGCGCAGCAGGCGGCUACGAGCCUGGCGUGGGCGGGAGGUGAGCUUCUUGCGCUCGGCGGUGCACGCGGGUGGAUUGGUGUGUGGAACGUUGGCCGAAUCCUGCGUUCUCCCACACCGCCCAGAACGCCGCUCAUGCCGGACUACGGCGUGCGUGCGCAUCGAUCAGCGGUGAUGGAUAUGACCUUCGUGCUGAUGCCGCCGGUGGAUGCUGAUGGGCGCGCACAGACGGAUGGGCUGCCAAUGUCGCUGUUUACCGUCGGGGCGGAUGGAUGGACUGCGCUCGUGGAUCUUUCCCGCGCAUCGGCGGUGGCACUUGAACGGUCACGCACAGUGCACUACGCAUGCGCCUGGGCGCCGUUCACGUCUUCGCUAGUACACGAGCAUGCAGACGGGUCGUUGAACCACUACAGCAUGCGGCCCGAAGAGAUGCUGCGCUCGCGACUCGUCUCCAACACUCCGGCGCGCGUCACCUCACUAGCCGCCUCCACGUUCCAUCCCGUCGUGGCGAUCGGGAGUGCACAUGGAGAAGUCAAGCUCGCCAACACCCUCCGCACGCUCAGACGCACAGUGCGCGUGCACACACCCGUGUACCAGAUGGUCCUCGACCGCUCAACAGGCAAACUGGUGGUGAGACACCAUCUUGUGCCAGAACUGGCUAAUGCCGCAGAGGCCAAGAGGUGGCAUAUCGCUCAGUGGCAUCCGUGUCUCGCCGUGACCGCGGUGCAGUGGAACCCCAACAUCGGCCGCGCAGGACUGCUCGCAUCAGGCACCGCGGUGGGCAUGGUCAAGAUCGAUUUCACAGCACCACCAAUGUGA